ACUAACCUCAAAUUUAAGUUAUGAUGUUAUGAAUAAAAAUGAAUAAUCCUAAUAACGAUGAAGCUGAAAAGGAACCUAGAAGACAAUUUCCAGGCCCCCAUGCAAGAAAUAAUCAGCAAUACAAAUUUACUCCAGACGAACUGAGGGUGAUACGAGAAUGCAAUAAAGAAAGUUUCUACCAAAGAUGUUUACCCCUAGGAGCUCUUUUGGGAGGAGGAGUUUACUACGGGGUUAAAACAGGUUCCCUCAAACCGAACACCAGAUUUGGAGCUACGCCAAAAGUUUUAACAGCUGUCGUAGUAGGAUAUUUCAUAGGUAAAUUCUCGUACCAAGCAAAAUGUGCUGAGAAAUUAAUGCAGCUACCCAACAGUCAACUUGGGGAAAUGUUGAGGCAGAAACGCAGGGGCAAUCUUCAGGAAAGUUUAGACACCAGUUUUGGGCCUGGUAUGUCCCUUGCUCCAUUCAGCGGAAUGAGUUCGUAUGAUACGUAUAGCGAUCUUAAUCCGAAUAGCAGUUUAAAUAUGGACACCGCCAGGCCAGAUGCACCCGGAUUAGAUGAUUAUCAAAGACCGUCUGUAGAUAAUCCGAUUUAUGAGGAAGAAAUGCCUCCUAUCCAAAAACACACCACCACUUACGAGGAAUUGAGGAAGAAGAAUCGGGAAGAAUAUCAACAAAAAAGAAUCGGAAACUAUAGGGAACCUGCAAAGCCAUUGCCACCUCCAUCGAAAUCCUCAUCCGAGACAGAAGAUCCUUCAGCGGCUAAAACUAAAUACGGAGACGUUUGGGGCUAAGUAAAAGAAUGAAGCACGCAUCGAUGUCAUUAAAGGAGUGAGUGAAAUAUGGCGAUCGUUAUUUUAUUAUUUUUUGUUCGCAAAAUGCAUUUCAAUACAAAUAAAUGGAAAAAAUACAGUUGUAAAUACAAAUAAACUUAUAGGUUUUCAAAUAGAAGUGUACGAUUCAAGGGCAAAGUAUUUACAUUUUAUAGACUUUUUGAAAUAGCGAUAGGUGUAUAAAAAUUGAUAUAAAUCACUUAUUCUCGGUUGAAACUUGUUUAUGUGCUUAAUAGUUGAAUAAAAAGCUGUAUAAUCA